AAAUUCCUUCCUAAAAAUGGACGACGACACACCCUCCUGAAUGUCCCCUUCCACUCAGGCAAAGCUUCAGUUCACAAUCCAAGGCCUGAUCAACUCAUUCGGGUUCUUCCUUCUACUAUCUUCAAGUGAGAGCAUAGCUCUCUUCUUUGGCCAGAAGAACCUGGUACCGAUGCUUACAUUUUCAGCCAGUUUUGGGAAUGUAGUGAUACUGUUUAUAAACGCCAUAUGGCUGGUGAAGUACUCACCCAGGCUGAGACUUCUUUGAAACGCGACAUUUAUGUUUAUAGGCUAUGCUAUUAUCACUAUAGGAUGAUUCAUUAACUUCUAUUUUGUAAUUUUUGGAGCACUCUUUGUGGGAAUUGGAUCUGCAUGGGGCCAGGUUAUACAUUAUGGAUUCAUUCGGAGGUUCCCUUCAGAAUACGUAGGCCCAUUCAGCUCAGGAACAGGCAUGUGUGGGCUAUUUUCAAGCAUGCUUUAUAUGAUCCUGAAUGAUUAUGGAGUUGCAGACUGGGUUAUCUUUGCCUGCCUAAUGCCUCUUGCUAUAAUCUAUGCCUUUAAUUUCUUGGAGUUGCACAAUCUUUAUGAAAACAGUAGAUCAUUCAAUUAUUUGUUAUCAGAAAUGACAAACUCGAAUGAAUGGAGUGAAGAUUUAUCCCAAGAUUACAAAGAUUCAGAAGAAGAUAAAGUAGAGACUAAGAAUCAAACAGUAUGGCAGGCAUAUUGGAUUGACCCCUGGAAUCACCCUCUGAUUUUCCUUCUGUACUUCUUUGAGUACAUUAUUAUCACCUGCUUCUUUGACAGAUUGGCACAACUUAGGAAUUCUUUCGAGAGUGAUGUGUACUUGGAAAGAAAUCUAUACACUGUAAGCCAGUUUUUGUACCAAGUAGGGGUUCUAACUGCUAGAUCUACUCUAUACUGUUAUAAAUCAAAAGCGACUGGUAAAAUCUCUAUUGUUAUGUUUAUCCUCUGCAUUGUCUAUUUUGGAUUCGCUCUUUGGUAUGUAGAUGUUGAUAGAUACAUCCUCCUGAUUCUCGCCCUCUUCACUGGACUUUUUGGAGGAUGGGGCUACCUCUUUUCUUAUUACAGAGUUCUUGAUGAUUCAAGAGUUACCAAAGAGAACAGAGAGAUUUUGAUAAAUUAUCUUGCAGUAUGAGCAGACUUCGGGAGCUUUAUUGCCACUGGGUUAGCUACGAUAAUUAGUAAUACAAUUUUAGAAGUGUAA